AUGGCGUCCCAUAACGGUGAAGCGUACUUUCUGCCAGCUGAAAAAGCUCAAUCCCUCGCCAACUAUCCCCACGCCCGGAUAACAAAUCAAUCGGCCAAAACCAUCUUCGUUUCUGGUACCUCGUCACGUCGUGGCGAUAAUUCAGUCGUGGGCUGCACUACAGAUGUCGAUGGAACGCACCACCUCGAUAUUUCACUGCAGACAGAAGCGGUGCUGCAAAACAUCGGAGCCAUCAUUGACGGGGCGACAAACGGCGCAUGUGGACUGCAGAAUGUAGUUAACGCCACUGUUUUCUUGACUGACAUGAAAGAUUAUGCUGGGAUGAACGAGGAGUGGAAUAAAGUAUGGCCUGACAAGACCAAGGCGCCUGCGAGAACAUGUAUACAGGUUGCUGCAUUGCCGAAUGAAAGGUUGAACGUGGAAAUACAAUGUACUGUUUUGUGGGCAGAAUAG